AUGGAUGAUGUGGUUGAGACACCGUUGAUUUGUGAAAAUUGUUCACUCUCGAUGAAUGGUAGAAUUUUCCAAAUUGAUCUUAUUUGUUUAUCACUUAAGAAGGUUGAUGUGGUUUUGGGGAUGGAUUGGGUUUCUGCCAAUUCGGUGUUUAUUGGAUGUAAAGAGAAUUUGAUUAUCAUUCCAUCUAGUGAAGCUACUCCAAAGGAUGUGGUAAAUACUAUCUUGGAAUGUACGGUUGGCAUGGUUAAUUUCUUAUUUGAGAAUAAAAAGUCAAUUCUCUUGGUUCUUACCAAGGAAUCUAGCGAUAAUCUAAGCGUUAAAAAAAUCCCUGUUGUUUGUGAAUUUCCAGAAGUUUUCCCUGAGGAUGUCUCCUCUCUUCCUCCUGAAAGGGAAGUGGAAUUCUCUAUUGAUCUGAUACCUGGGACGACUCCAAUAUCUAUUUCUCCGUAUCGCGUGACGCCACUAGAGUUGAGAGAGUUGAAGAAUUAA